AGCUCGCAUUCCCGCUCCCCGAAACCAGAAGCAAAAUCGAAACCACGCCCAGUUUGCGAGCCCUGAUUCAGGAGGCAGGCGUUGUUGAUCAAUCCACACUCGCUUGCCAUCUCGCUCAUCGUCUCUUCCUCCUCCUCCUCCUCCUGCAUUUAGUGCUCUCGUUACCCUUGCUGCCCUGAUCCUGGCCUUCCCUUUCUCCUUGCUGAAUGGCUUGCUAAUCGAUUGAUGAUGUGACCUCGCCUUCGCGAUUGUUGAGUGUGAUUGAGUGAGUUUGAAUACAAUUUGUCAAGGUUUCGGCAAUGUCGCCAAUGUGAAGAGCGGGAGAAUUGUCGUUGUUCACAGCAGCCUUCCAAGGAGUUUUGGUAGGUCUAUCACUGGCCUAGUGAGGCGGAAUGGCGAGUACCGGCGUCGUUUUAGCAUCGGCUGACUUGGUUGGACCUACGGACGGUGUCUUUGAGGAGCUCACCGGGCCUCUCAAAGGGUGGAAGCGCAAGCUCUCUGGAAAGAAGGGAGGGACUCCAAGAAAGAAGGAUAUGGCAUUUGUGUCUCCAGAUGGGGAAGAAAUAUCGAAUAAAUGGCAAUUGGAUAAGUAUCUCAAGUCUCAUCCAGGAGUAGCCGUCGCAAGUGACUUUGAGUGGGUCGUAUCAGCUGCUGCGACCCCAAGCGGGACACCAAGAAGGUCUGCAAGGUUGACCCCUAAAGGCCGUUCUUUCACUGAAGAUACUGACGAGGAGAUGCAACCAAAAGAACGUCCGCUUAAGCGAGCACGGAGAUGUCUUAAUGGGAUAGGAAAAAAAGAUGGUGAACUUCCGGAGAUGGUCAACGCAUCUACUCAAGACGACGAAGAGAUAGCGAACGGCAAAAAACUUUCCAAGAUUAAAGAGGAGCAGAAUGGAAAUGACAUGGAGAAGGCUACGCUUUUGAGAUCGGGCAGCGACAGCUACAAUCUCCAGCUAAAUAGCAUAAAUUCCUCCUCGUGGGACCCUGCUGAAAGUUCUCAUAUUCUGGCUGUGAAGAAAGCUUUGCAUUUGUCUGCAAUUCCAUCAUCAGUCUUGUGCAGAGAUGUCGAGCAGGCGAAAGUGAUUGAGUUCUGUAAAUCAUCUAUUGUACAGCAAGUCCCAGGAAGCAUUUACGUUUGUGGAUGUCCGGGAACCGGGAAAUCGUUGACCAUGGAGCAAGUAAAGCUACUUAGUGUAUCUUGGGCAGCUGAGGCGAACUUGUCUCCUCCAGAUAUUGUAUCUGUUAAUUGCACUACUUUGACCGACCCACGAAAUAUUUAUCAGAAGGUCCUGCAAUCAUUGAAGCAAAAAGAGGCUUCUGAUGACGUUGUAAAGUCUUGGUCUUUGUGCUUAAAAGAAUUAAGGCAGAGAGUGUGUGAUACGUCUCGGAAAUCUGGUGGAUCACCAAGACAUAUGCUGUUGCUCAUUGUAGAUGAGAUGGACUACCUUAUUACAAGAAAUCAGGAAGUACUUUAUGACUUGUUUCAACUUCCUACAUAUCCAAAUUCGUGCUGCAUACUGAUUGGUAUUGCAAAUGCUAUUGACCUUACAGAUCGUUUUCUACCAAAAUUGCGUUCAUUGAAUUGCAGACCAGAUGUUAUCACAUACCCGGCAUACACAAAGGAUCAAAUUUCAACCGUUUUAACACAGCGACUGAAGGGUGUUCCCUUCACAGUAUUUCAAACGGCGUCAGUGGAGCUAUGUGCAAGAAAAGUAGCAGCAGCAUCUGGGGAUAUGAGGAAAGCCCUCCACGUCUGCAGGAGUGCAUUAGACAUUUUAGAAACAGAGGUCAGAGCAGAGCUGGAUAAAGGUGGAAUCGAUACUCCCUCAUUGAAUGUCAGUGAGUCGUCAGGUUCGGUUCAGCGAUCAAGUUCCAUCAAGCCGCCACAUUUGGUACGAAUUGACCACAUGGCAAAAGCUCUCGCACGCACGUUUCGUUCCCCAGUUGUAGAAACUAUUCAAAACUUACCUCAGCACCAGCAGAUGGUGCUGUGUUCAGCAGUACGCUUAUUUCGUCGUGCUAAAAAAGAUGCUACCCUUGGCGAGUUAAAUAAAGCGUAUCUUGACUUCUGUAAAUCAAGCUCUAUUCCUGCUCUCGCUGGCAGUGAGUUUUCGAGUAUUUGUCGGGUGCUAUCUGAUCAGGCGUUGCUGAAGCUGGGUGAAUCUCGUGAAGAUCGCCUUCGUAGGGUGACACUGCAAGUGAAUCAGGAUGACGUUGUCUUCGCGUUGCAGGGUGUGCGAUUCUUCCGUAACAGUCUCUCAUGAUGCCGGAAUAUGUGCAACCAACUUGACGUUCUAGUAGUCGUGACAAGAAUCUUGGCUGAGAUUUUGGCGGAGGCAUCUCAUAUAAAGUGUUCAUAGGCAUGGUGACCAGUCUUCUCACCAACAGUGUGUGAAGCGCUUGCAGCCACUGCCACUCAAACGCCCUAUGUCUCGAUUAUUGGCCGUAUAUGGAUCUUUUUAGGUUAAGCCGUACAGCUUGCUGAACUCACGUAGUCUAAACAGCAUCAUUAUGCAAUUAUUGAUAUACUGCAUGUUAGAUUACAUAAUCAGUUAUUCACCUCUUAUGCCCAAGUGGCAAAAAGGCUUUUGUUCUGCUGAAUGCAGAUCCUCCUUUUGCGAGGAUUGCAAGGAACUACGUAAAAUAGAUCUUGUGGAGGGUUUCGGAAUGAGAUACCUUCUUACAUACAGUUUCGUUAUUCCAAUAUGAAAAUGCUUCUAUAAAAUGAUACUCUUCUUUGAUAUUUAA